AUGGAGUGGACUUUCCAUAGGUUCCCUGCAUGCCUAGGGGAACUGGACAGCCGGUACGUGAAGCCGCUGGUGGUGGCACUCGGCCCUUACCACCACGGCGACACCAAGCUCCAGGAGAUGGAGAAUUUGAAGCGCGUGGCCGCCGACCGUUUCGUGCGCGCGUCCGGCAGCGAGCUCGACCUCGAGGAGAUCUUCCAGGCAGUCUCCGCCGUUGCCGGCGUGGCCCGCGGUCUCUACAUCGGUGACGAGGUGGCAGGUAUGAGCGCUGAUGAGUUCGCGAACAUGAUGCUCUAUGACGCUUGUUUCUUGCUACAGUACAUACGAGUGAUGGAUUCCGAUCCAAGGGAUCCCGCAGAUGCCUCCUUGGAGCGUCUAUUCGUCUCCAACCGAGUAUGCAUCGAGAAUGACAUCAUGCUGCUGGAGAACCAGAUUCCAUGGUCCGUAGUGCAAGCACUCAACAGCCUCGGCCGAUCUCCGGCGCCGGUCGACAAGUUCAUCUCUACUAUGGGAAGCACCUUCAAGAUCCGUGGGCAUCGGGAGAGCGCUCAACCAUUUCGGCCCUACACUAGUGAUCGCAACCCGCCACAUCUCCUUGCACUCUUCCGGUUGGAAAAAGUCGGGUACACGAGAACCCAAGGAGUGCCUCCAUCCUCGUCGAUGGCGAUCACCGCAAGUGCCACCGAGCUCGCCGAGAUGGCCAUCAACAUCCAGCCCUGCAUGACGUCAGACUUCAUGGACAUGGGCAUCUUUAUAGGAAAGCUCUUCACCCACCUCUACCUGGCGCCCCUCUGCCUCGACGAAACCAGGGCAUGCUGGCUCGUCAACAUGGCCGCUCUGGAGGUCUGCACAGCCUCCAACGACAGGGACGACGACAUAAUGAAGAGGGAGACGGCCGUGUGCUCCUACCUCGCCCUCCUGGCGAUGCUCAUGAACCGGGAGGAGGACGUGCACGAGCUGCGUAACAAGCAGGUAGUGCAAGCAAAGCUCACCGACAAGGAGACGCUAGACUUCUUCAAGGGCGUUGUGAAGCGCCUCGACGGCGGCCGCCUCUACAGCGGCAUCAUGGCGGAGAUUGACCACUACAAGUGGAAGAGGAGCAGGAGGAUCAAGGUCUACAAAUUCAUCAAAAAGAACAAACGAAGUAUCAUCGCCGUACUGUCAAUCAUUGCCGUUCUUAUUGGAAUCUUCAAGACGCUGCUCUCUCUAAAGACACGCCAGUAG